AUGGAAGAAUCUCUAGAAAUCGCCAUUGUCGGUGGAGGCAUCGCAGGUAUUUCCCUUGCUCUAGGUCUCCAUACACGCAAUAUAAACGUGAAAGUCUACGAGCGAGGCAAAAGUCUUCGAGAAAUCGGCGCUGGAAUCGGGUUUACCAGUAAUGCUGAACGAGCGAUGCUCGCUCUAGACCCACGAAUUUAUCAUGCGUUUAAGAAAGUAGCGGCGCAAAAUGCUAGUGAUUGGUAUUAUUGGGUUGAUGCAUCCGAUUACUCGGGAGAUGGAAUGAAUGGCAACGGGCUGAGUGAGGACUUGAUUCAUAAGAUGGAUCUUGGGCCUAGAGGGUUUGAGGGAUGUCAUCGCGCGGCGUUUUUGGAUGAGAUUGUGAAGCUGUUGCCGGUGGAGAGGGUGGUGUUUGAUAAAGGAUUGGUGGAUAUCGUUGAUGGGGAGAACAGCGGGAAAUUGGUGUUGAAAUUUAGCGAUGGUACAGUGGAGCGUGCCGAUGCUGUUAUUGGUUGCGACGGAAUCAGAUCAAGAGUCCGUCAAUUGAUUCUAGGCGAAGACAAUCCAGCUUCGUAUCCUUCUUACACUCAUAAAUACGCUUUUCGAGGUCUGGUUCCUAUGGAAAAGGCGAAAGAGAUCUUCAGUUAUAAGAAAGCUUUCAGUCGGCAUAUACACAUAGGUUAUGAUGCUCAUGCCGUGACCUUCCCCGUAGCAGGCGGCACCCUCCUAAACGUCGUCGCCUUCGUAACUGAUACCAACCCGUGGCCUUUCAAAGAGAAGCUCACAGCCCCCGGCACUAAAUCCGAAGCCGUCGCCGCAUUUUCCAAGUUCCACCCGACGUUCCGUGCAAUCAUACACUUACUCCCGGAAGAACUUUCUAAAUGGGCUGUUUUCGAUAUGAAAGACCAUCCCGCACCUACUUACUCGCGUGGAUGUAUCGCUGUUUGUGGGGACGCCGCACAUGCUUCAUCACCGUACCAUGGCGCUGGUGCGGGAUUCGCUAUUGAGGAUGCGCUUGUUUUGGCGGAGUUGUUUGAAAAUGCGGCUGGGAAAAAGAGAGGGGAUAGGGCGAGAAUGGUGAGGGCUGUGCUGGAGAGUUACAGUGAGGUUAGGUUGGAGAGGACGCAGUGGUUGGUUGAGGGGAGUAGGUUUAUGGGCGAGAUGUAUGAGUGGCAGCAUGGGAGAGAUAGAGAGAGGUGUAGGGAUGAGAUUGAGUGGAGGUCGAGGCGGAUUUGGGAUUUUGAUGUUGGGAAGAUGGUUGUGGAUGCCGUGGGCGUGUUUGAAGGCAAGCUUGACCAACUGAAUGGGGUCCACUGA